GCGAUGGCCGACGACCUGGACUUCGAGACGGGCGACGCGGGGGCGUCGGCCACGUUCCCCAUGCAGUGCUCGGCGCUGCGCAAGAACGGCUUCGUGGUGCUCAAGGGCCGCCCCUGCAAGAUCGUGGAGAUGAGCACCUCCAAAACGGGCAAGCACGGCCACGCCAAGGUAGCCACGGGCCCGGGGAGGGGCUGGGCUCGGGGGGGGGUGCAGAAUUCCCGAAAUUCUGGAGGAAAUUCCGGAGGAAAUCUGAAAAUCCUGAGCUGAGUCAGCCCCGAGUGA